AUGCUCACCGGACUCCAUAUCUCCAACGGAUCUGAUUGGUCAUUGGAACAAGAAGCCAGAACAUUGAUAAGACCGCGUUUCGUUCACCCUAAAUCGCUGGACAGCAUUCUAAUAAAUCACGAAAGACAGCUGUUCGAAGAGCUUAAUUCCCUAGGACGGUAUAAUUAUCGGAUAAACAAUGACCGGAUAUGGCAUAAUCAAGCAAUUCAUACAUAUUUGGUUAAUAAUGUAUCGACAGUUGCGCCCGGGCCUCCAAGCGAGGAGGAGCAAACUGAAGAUGCCGUUUCCUCAGACGAAAAUGUAGCUCAAGAAGUGAAAAUAAGCGAGGAGGAAACGGAAGCUGACGAACCGGACACACCGGAUGCUGUGGUCACGUUAUCGGCUGACUUUUUUGAAAAUCGAACCGAAUCGGACAUCUUUGCGGAGAUAGGGAGUCGAUCGUUCGACGUGAACGAGUUUCUGGUGACUGAUGAAAUGCAGAUAAAAAAGGAAGAUCUUCUAGAUGUAAGGGUGAAAAUAGAGGCAAUAGACGAAGAUGACCUCUACAGUGAUAAUGCUAUUGACGAUUUCGUACCAUACUUCACCGCAAAGUCUGAGAAGCUGGAACUAGAUGAAUCGUCAGUCUACCAUCAGAAUAUAGCAGACCUGCAAGACUAUGGGGAACUCUUUGAAGACGUGAAAGAAUUGAGGAAUGAUCUCGAAAGUUUAGAUGUGAAACAGCAGCAGGAAAACUUGGAGCAAUAUUUGCUUGAAAACACACCAUUGGAUACAGAAAUAUACGAACUGGCCCCUUUCGAAGAUGACUUAGUUGUGGUGAAGAGAGAGAGAGCCAGUACGAGUUUUACGGCUAGCUCCAGUGGUGUGAGUGAGAUGGAUGCAUCUGACGUAAAGUUGGAGCCCGAUGAAGGUCAUCAUACUGGCGACGAGCUGACUCAGGAGGACAUGGAUCUGAUCGAGGUGCUGUGGAAGCAGGAUGUGGACAUGGGGUUCUCUCUGGAGGAUCCAAUGCAGCUGGAGGGUCCUCAAGCCACGAAAGUGGAAAUGGGCAAGGAGUUGGAUAAAGACCUGAAGGUUUUAGAAGAGAAGAAGAUGUUAGAGGAAUCUGAGAAGAUCGAGAAGGUCAAGGCUUGUCUGCUGGACACAGAGAAUAAAGAGGAUGACCCCUGGGCUGGGCUGUCGUAUACAGUUGAUACUGAAACGGGUAAGUUAUAA